GUCCGCCCCAUGAAACCGUCCUUUCCGUUCACACACUUCGACCGGCUACCAUCUCGCUCUCUCCAAAUUUCUACAUUUUUCGAAAUUCCUGAUCCAAAAAUCUUUAGAAGUGAACAAUGGCUUUCGGAGAUCUGUCUGGUGUUGCUGGCCUUAAAAAAUUGAACGAUCAUCUGAAAACUCGUAGCUACAUUGACGGGUACUCGCCCAGCCAGUCGGAUACGGCUGUUUUCGAACAAAUUAAGUCUUCACCUAGCUCAUCCGAGUACGUCCACGUGCUGAGAUGGUAUAACCAUAUCAAAAGUUUUGGCGAUUUGAAGAACAAAUUCCCAGGAGAUGUUGCAAAAAAAGCUGCAGCUGCUGCAGAUGAUGAUGACGAUGUGGACCUCUUCGUUUCUGAUGAUGAAGAGGACGCGGAGGCAGCGAAAGUAAAGGAGCAAAGACUUGCGGAAUAUGCGGAAAAAAAGCAAAAGAAAGGUCCAGGCCCAAUCGCCAAGAGCAGUGUGAUCUUGGAUGUAAAACCUUGGGACGAUGAAACGGACAUGAAAGAAAUGGAACGACUGGUUAGAUCAAUUUCAAUGGAUGGCCUUGUGUGGGGAGUUUCAAAGCUUGUGGAGGUCGGAUAUGGGAUUAAAAAGUUGCAGAUUAUCUGUGUCGUUGAAGAUGACAAAAUCUCGAUUGAACAACUAACCGAGGACAUCCAAAACUUUGAAGACUUGGUUCAGUCGGUUGACAUUGCUGCGUUCAAUAAAAUUUAAACAUUUAUAUGCUUAGAUUUGAGCAUUAUUGUUUGAAAUUUCAGCAGUUGGUUCAUUUAACUUGUGAAAUAAAAGUGUGUUCUUCUUAAUUCGUUAGGAAGAGUAACUGGUAA